AGGAACAAUGAACAUCAAAGGCAGUGUUAUAGUCUUAUUCCUCUGUUUCCUGACUCUAUUUUCCUUAACAGACUGUACCAAAUGUACCAAUGUAUUAGAAGGGGGCACUCUCACAUUUAUACUGGCUGAUAAUAAUAAUCCACUUGGGGAUAAUGAUCGAUUCAUUUUAAAAAAAGAUAAUACAAUUAAAGUCCCCAAAAGGAAGCGGAAUGAAAAGGGACCAGGGAUUGUGGAAGGUAAUUCCCUGAAGUUCAAGCAUGUGGAAAUGAGUGAUACUGGAACAUACAUCGUUGAGGUUUUUGAUGAUAAGGGCACCAACAAAAAAUCAUACUCGGAAAGCGUAUGUGUAUAUGCAAAAGUCCCGAAGCCAAGAGUGAAUAUUACAUGCCUGGAAAAAAAUGUUGACAUCAGAUGUGAGGUCGAAAUCAACAACGAUCUAAGAUCAGAAAUAUCUUACAGCUGGCACAAAAAUGGGAAAGAAUUAAUGAAAGAAUUCAACUUCACAACAUCUAUAGAGGACAAAUCAACGUACACCUGAACUGUGAACAAUCCUGUUCAUAGCAACACAAGUGAUCCAGUAAAACAAACAUGUUUCAAUGUGGGUGCACUUGAUUUUUGGAGCCUGGUGUGGAUCUUAGCUAGUGGUGGAGGCCUCAUACUUAUUAUUGUGUUCGUGUCUGUUGGAUGGCGUGUCUGUAGACGCAAAAAAGAACAAGAGCAAGGAUGA